AUGGAGGCUCUCCUCAUCGACGUCUCCGCCGAGGACGAUCUCCUCACGACCUCGCCACUGCCCUGGUCGCGUCCCGAUCCGCCCCACGUAGGGUCUCUGGUGGGUGCCGAGGCGACCUCCUUUGUUGGUUCUCCGUCUACGGCGGGCCGGGCUUCGGAUCCGGACGGUGUGAUGGUGGAGAAGGCGCCCCCUGAGCGGACGGAGUUCCCGGAGCAGCGGAAGGCCAAGAAGGGGGUAAACCUCCGCAAGAGCUUGGCUUGGGACAACGCCUUUUUUACCCGUGAAGGUGUUCUCGAUACUGAGGAAUUGGCCAUUGUUAGCAGCAUGUUCCGUAAGACCCAGGGUUCCAGGCUGCCUGGAAUCAUGGAGGAAAUGAGGAGAUCAGGGGAAUCAACAACAUUAACUAUGGAAAGUGAAACAUGGGCAAUGGAAAGCCUUGAGACGGAACUAUUUGACAAUGUGCGUGCUUUUUUUGGCAUCAUGUAUGCUUAG